AUGAGAAGAGCAGAGCUUGAUUGGGCUAAACGCUUCAAUAUUAUUCAAGGUGUUGCUAGAGGACUUCUUUAUCUCCACCAUGAUUCAUGUUUGAAGGUGAUACAUAGAGAUUUGAAGGUAAGUAAUAUUCUGUUGGAUGAGAAGAUGAGCCCAAAAAUUUCAGAUUUUGGAUUGGCACGUAUCUUUGAAGGGACACAGAAUCUAGCAAACACACAAAAGGUUGUGGGAACUCUGAAUAAUAAUAAUAAGUUGGUGGAUAUUGAAUUUCCUGUGCAGUGGCUAUAUGUCUCCAGAGCAUGGCACUCAUGGAAUGAAGGCAGGGGAUUGGACUUGGUUGAUGAAGUUUUGGCAGAUUCAUAUUCCUCAACAGAAGUGAUGAGAUGUGUGCACAUUGGGCUUCUUUGUGUACAGGACAAUGCUGCAGAUAGGCCAACCAUGCCAGAUGUAGUUUUCAUGCUGAGUAGGGAGACAGAUCGCUCACAACCUAAGCGGCCUAUAUUUACUUUCCAAAGCUCAGUCUCUGAUCCUCAACCACAUUCUGACAAUAUUUGCUCCGCAAAUGAAGAUACCGUAACACUACUUCAAGGACGAUAA